CGUUGUUCAUGUUGCGUUGGCAGCUACAUUUUUUUUUUUUUUCUCCAUACAAGUUUGACAUGAUAAUUCAUGUUUUAGAGAGUUUACGUCCACUAGGCAGGAUAAACGUGCUGGAAUAUGAGAAUGGUUUAAUUUGGCCUCUUAGUGGAAGUAUUCAUUGAACAAGUUAUUGUUGUUAACGUGGCGGUGUCCACAACGAUAUUGUUUACAAAUAGGUGGCGUCACGCGAGAGGCGAUGAGGAAAGUAAACGUGGUCAUCCUGGUGCUACUUGCUGUGGCUUUCCUCAUCAUCAUUCAACGGAAUCUCGUCAGCCUCAGCGACUUUUUGCAUAAAGAAAUCACACAUACCGGGGCCAUUCUUCCCUUUGAGGCGGAAUUGUCUCCUGUCCUCGGAGCGGAUACGAAGCGACAGGGGGACGAGAUCCCCGUGGUCAUGACCGCCGCCGAGGAGAGGCUCGGUGCCGCGGUGGCUGCCUUGCACAGCAUCUACCAGAACACCAAGGCCAAUGUCGUUUUCACCAUUGUCACCUUGAACGACACAGCGGAGCACCUAAGGGCGUGGUUGAGUGUUCCGCGGCUAAAAAGCAUCAAAUAUAAAUUGGUUCUCUUCAACCCUGAGAUGCUGGUUGGCAAGUUACCAAAAAAUCCUGAGAUGACUGAUGCGGCCAAACCGCUGACCUUUGCUAGGUAUUAUCUGCCGUUAUACCUGCCCGAUGUGGAGAAAGCCAUCUAUUUGGAUGACGAUGUCAUUGUGCAAGGGGAUAUCAAAGAGCUUUAUGAAACGAGUAUAAAACCUGGAUAUGCGGCGGCCUUCUCGGACGACUGCGAUUCAGCAUCCACCAAGGGUAUCAUUCGAGGAGCUGGAACUCAGAACAACUACAUAGGUUUCCUGGACUUUAAAAAAGAGGCUAUUAAACAGCUCGGGAUGAGGGCCAACACGUGCGCAUUCAACCCGGGAGUCAUCGUGGCCAACCUGACCGAGUGGAAGAACGCAAACGUGACGGCUCAGCUGGAACGCUGGAUGGAACUGGACGCACGAGACGACCUGUACAGCAAGACAUUAGCCGAGAGCGUCGCCGUCCCUCCGCUCCUCAUCGUUUUUUACAAGCGCCACUCUGCGCUUGACCCCAUGUGGCAUGUGAGGCACCUGGGUGUUACGGGUGCCGGAAACCGCUACUCGCCGCAGUUUGUCAAAGCCGCUAAACUCCUUCACUGGAAUGGACAUUACAAACCUUGGGGAAGGGCGUCGUCCUUCCCAGAUGUGUGGGAUAGGUGGUUCAUUCCGGACCCCAUGGAGAAGUUUCAUCCCGUGCGGAGACACACGGGGGACAAAUUGGACUGAAAAUGUGGAAAAUUUGCCGAUUUGCACAAGUUAAGGUCAAGCUGCUGACCACAAACGCGUGUCUCUCAGGAACACAAGUAUAUACUUUAAGACAGUGGUGGGCAACAUUUAUGGCAAACUUGGGACGGACUAGUUCAUUUUUGGUUAAAUAAGUUAACUGUUGGCUGCCAUUCUUGACACUAAACGUCCAAUCCAUUUUGAAUUGCGUUUACAUCGGGCUUCCUGUUGAAUAAACCAAAAUUGACAGCAAGCGACCCCAUAAAUGUCCCAAAACCAACAGGACAUCAAAAAUCAAGGUCUGGCGCUGAAAGAUGAGCAUUUACAGCCAGUCCUUCCAGUUGAAGUGAAUUAGAUGUCCAUCAUUGUCAAUGGGAAGCAAUGAGUUCAUUCUGCGUUACUUCCAUGUCAUUUUAAGAUACUUACGGGUCGCUUUCUGUUGGUUUUGAGGCAUUUUUGGGUCACUUCCUGUUGAUUUUGACUCGCUGCCUGUUCGUUUUGAGAAAUGCCAAGGUCACUUCCUAUCGAAUAAUCCCAGAAUCAACAGGAAGUAACUCAUAAAUGCCCACAAAUCUACACUCUUGGAUUACAGACGGUACACCAACUGGACUGGAACAUCCAUUUUACAAUGUUUCAAGGACUUGAUAUGCAAGCUUUUGAUUAUUAUCUAGUGUAAAAACUUGUACAGGGAGUGUUUUUGCAGUUAUCCAUUUUGAAAUUUUGCUGACAAAUUUCAUAUUUGUGAUGUGGAAGAUCUCUACAGUAUGAAAGUCAAUAAAUUGCUCAGCAGAUUGGAACUCUGGUUUAUUACUUAGUAUGUACAAAAUAUUCACACAGACAAAUAAUUGUAGCGACUGGGACCUGGACUGCAGCUGGGCAGAGGACGAAAGGUGGUAUUUGAUAUGUGACAAUUGAUUUUGCCACGUGCCAUUUGAAAGGUGGAAAAGCGCUAUGUAAAUAUAACACCAUUUACCAUUUUGGUAUGUGGAAUUUUGCAGGCCAUGCACAUCCAUGCCAUUGACGGCCCAAAAAAAAAAAAAAAAAAAUGUGCCACAUGCCCAAAAAAAAAGCCACACGCCAAAAUACAUUUUGCCACAUACCCCCCGCCCCAAAAAAUGCCACAUGCCAAAAUACAUUUUGCCACAU